AUGCAACAAUCACCUCGCUGCACAGACGGCUUAAUUUUCACAUGUCUCAGCAGUCGCUAUUCGUUUGGGACGAACGUUAAGAUCCUUAAGUGGAAACCCUCGCAGUCGCUCACGGUCGAUUUUCUUAUUCGAGUCAGACCGGAAGUAUAUGAAGGAAUUGGUUCCAAGAGGAGAGCAGAAGCAGCUAAUGAGAAGCCCGUGUUUGAACUAUAUGCUCGAACAAAUGAUGAUUCACACGUAUAUUUCGAUGAUAUGAGACUCAACGACGACGAAUGGGCUCGUUGGAUGCAAUUUGGAAAUGCCCUUGACGGACGGAUUGUAGAAUGCGCACCAUUUCUCGUCUCUUCGGGCACGGGCAUAAGCCAUACAUCUUGGAGACCCGUUCGUCUUAGGGACGACAAAAUUGUCGCAAACCAUCAGUCUGUGGUUACCUCGACCCUUGAAAGUAUCCAUCAUGGCGUAUCAGAGGAGAAGCUCUCGGAUUCUGCUCCUAGUGUUGCUGAAAAUUGGUUUAACCCCAACCGUUGGGCUCGUAGAGUCCAGUUCGAGAAGAACCAGUCACGCGUCUUCUCCGACUUGCAUUUGUAUAGUUAA